CAGCCCUGGAAGUUUUGGUAUUGUCCAGAGCUCCAGCUACUGAAUUUGUUGAAGCCUUGCUCUCCGAAGGCACAGUUGCUGCAAUACCGUCUGAGAACGUUUUUCACAUUUCUGGGAAGGAGUGAAUUGCCGCUGAUCACGCCACUUUCGAUGCAACCCAUCUGUUUACAAGAGGGAAACUUGAUAUUCUUCAAUUUCAUGUUAUUCGUUAUAGUAAGAGCCGGAAGGCCUGAAAAUAUUAAUUUUUCAAGGAAAAAAUUCUGUUCAAUCUGUCAGGUCUUUAAUGUCCAGCAUAAAAACCUACCGCUCUUACAGGAUGUCCAUCGCACAACAUGGGGAAAUGAAAGGUUUUCGAUUGAAGUGCUGUUUACAAUGGCGCACAUUUUAACUUCACGGGCACCAGAAAACAGCUUGACUAUUUGUGGUUCCGUGAAUUGUUCAUGGAUAACGAGACCUCCGGCGGUAGUGAUUACUGGUGCUCCUUGGCAUAUCUCUACGAGUUCUUCUACAGAUCCCAUGACUGUCAUUUCCUUGCAAGUGGAAUUGUUAUGCUGGAUAUCACAAAGUGGGCAAAGAUUUCUGAGGAAAGCUAUUUCACUGGGAGGAAUCAGUGGAUUGUUCUUCACAACUAUCAUUGACUCAACCUCCUCGAAUUUCACCAAUUCAGGGAAUUCCAGAACUUGCAAUCGUGCGUUAUUCACUAUUGUGAUGGCUGGCUGUCCAAGUUUGCAAGGCCGCACUUCCAGGUAGGGGCAGCGUAGACUCUGGUAUGGUGAAUUUGAUAUAACGAUGCAGGCUUCUAUGAAGAUAGCUUGAGAGCAGAAACUAUUCAUUUGUUCUUCGGUCACUUCCGUCGAUGUUAUGGUUACUUCAAAACCUUCUGGCUGCAUUAUAAUCUGCUGUCCAGCACACGCCUGCACAAAUUGUUGAACAGAGAAAGGACCAUUGCCGAGUCCGCAAGCUGGUACGUAAGGUUCUAGGUUGUAGCUGAUACUCCACGACUGGACCUGCUUGAGUUGCGAUACAGAGAGCAAUGGGUUCCCUUCAAUCACAAUACCGCUGAUGCAUUCUUGGUUGGUGCACAUGGGAAAUUGUAGUUUUUCCAGAAGAGGGUUGUUUACCACAACAAUCGCCGGUCUGUUUGGUGCACAUGAUCUCCAUGUAGUCAGUUUCGGAAAUACCAGGUUUGUGAUCAAAGUUGCUCUGACUACAAGGCACAUUUGAACCUCUACAGCUUCAGAGAACAGUCUUGUAAGUAGUUGCUCUGUGAGAUUGUAUUGCAAUGUGAAUCCCGGUUCCCCAAUGAUGACUGGUUGUCCAGCACAUUUUUCGACCAGUUCUUCCACACUCCCGAAUGUUUCUAUCAUACGGCAGUCUCGAGUAGUCACCCUGGAUAUCGCAGUACGGACAGAUCUUUUUCAAUUUAGUGAUGGUACUUUGUGGUAGUAAAGGAUUUCCAGUCACUAUUAUUACUUGUUCUCUUUCGGGGAAAACCACCGUCGAGGGUAUCGAAAAAGUCACCAAAUCGACAUUUUCAAUCAUUUCGAAUACUGCUCGUCCUGGCUGGCAUGGCACAAUCUCCUCGAGGUAAGGACAUUGAAGACUGGUGAAGGUGGAUUUUUCUACUACAAUACACGCUUGCAUGUAAAUUGCAUUGUAGCAGAAUCUAUUCAGUUCAUAUUCGGUGACAUCUUUCGAGUAAAUGAUGAUGCCAGGGGAGUUCGCUGCCGGAACGAUCAUUUGUUGUCCUGCGCAAGCAUUGACAAGCUGUUGAGCGGAGAUUUCCUGAUUUCCAAGGCCACAGGCUGGUGCACCGUAUUCCAAGUGGCAGGUCAGGCAGAAGCUUUGAAUGACAUUGAUUUGUUCGGUCGGGAGAUAGGGAUUGCCUUCUACGACGAUGCUUUCUAUACACUCCUGGUUGUUACAAGCAGGGAAGCUUAGUACUUCCAACUGGGGAUUGUAGGCAACAACCAAGGCAUUUUUUCCUGGUGCACAAGACGUCCAUUGCAUCAAUUUCGGGAAUACCAGCUGCCGUAUGGGAGACAUUCUGACAAUGAGGCACAUCUGAACUUCAACAGCAUUUACGAACAAUCUUGUGAUUUGCUCUUCUGUCAGAAUCAGUGGCUGCUCCACUCCAUAUUUGAAGGUGAUUAUUGGUUGUCCUGCACAUUUUUCGACGAAUGUUACAGUGUCCUCAAUGGCAUCUAACUCGCUACAAGUUGAAUAAUCGUUCUGAAUUUGGCACAUAGGACAGACUUGUUGCAGCUGCUGGACAAUCACAGGCGAAAGCUGUGCGUUCCUGUCGAUGAUAAUGACAUUUUCGUUAACCGGGAUAACAACUGUUGUAGGGAUUUCCACUAUCGUCAAAUAAGGAUUGUUGAUGAUUUCAAUUGCUGGUCUCCUUGAUUCGUAUUCUAUUAGGCAGUCCUCGCAUAUCUCUUUCAGAAUGACAAGUUCAUUAUUAGGAACCAAAGGGUUCUCUCUCACAAUCAUGAUCUUUUCUUCCACAGGGAAUCUGACUAGAGUGUUAAUAACUAUAGUCUGGAGCUGCGAGUUGCCGACGAUCGUCCAUACUGGUAGUCCUGGACGGCAAGGCGUCACUGCUCGUAACAUGGGGCAGCUAACAGACGUGUAGUCGGUAUUAGUGAUAUUGAAGCACAUUUGCAGAUAUAGGGCUUGAGAACAAAGCUGUGUGAACUGCUUCUGAGUGACGGUGACCACUUCGGUGAAUACAAUUCUUGGUUUUCCCAUACAGUUCUGCAAUAUCUCCUCAAGCGUGGUGUAUGCCAGCGCCGGCCAGGUCACUCCACAUCUUGUAUUCGGCUCAAACACACAGUACUUGCAUCGGCGCAACGGAGGAUAUUGUCGUAGCGCUGGAUUGUAUAUAAUCGUGAAGGGCUCAUAACUAAUUUGCCAUUCAAACAUUGGCGACACUUCAAUUACUUCAAGAUACAUAUUUCCUUCUAUUGUGAAUGCUGGUCGACCUGGCUCGCAUGAGAACAGCUCAAUCAAAUGUGGCAUGCGCAGAUACCGAAUUUGUGAUUGUCGAAGGAUGAUGCACAUUUUUAUGUAGGUUACGCUACGGAAAAGUUCGUCGAUAAUCUCCUGCUCCAGUGAUGAGAUGUCGAUUUCGAUCACUUCUCUUCCCAUUGGCUUCCACACUCUCUUGCCGGAGCACAUUCGAGCAAAUUCAACAACAUUCGUGGUUUGCUGCACUUCAAGAGAGGCGCAAGCGUCAUACGGUUGAAGAUAGCAGAAUCUGCAACGUGGCUCCAACCAAGAGAUGAUUUCAUACUUGAGAUUACGAUUCCUUACAAUUUCAACAUAUUCCAUAUAGUUGAGUGCCCCAAAACCUUCAGAAUGGUAGACAGGGAAGGCUAUUAUCCUCAAGAACGGAUUAUUCCUGGCGACGAUGGUGCGUACCCCUGGAAUAAGUGGGAUUAA